CAGCUGAACUGUCCCCCUGGUGCUUGCAUCGGCUAAUGCAGGGAGCCUUUCGACGAAGGGAUCGUUGCUCACACCAUCCGGUCGUACGCGGUGUGGAGCAUAGCAACCGAGUAUAAGGCAGCGUCACGGCAACAACGCGGAGAUCGUCUCUUCACGUUGUACGCACACACACGCACACAAACACACUCUCACCCACGCUCCACCACCUCCGCCGCCGCCGCCUCGACAAUGGAUAAACUCAAUCGCUGAACCAACCGCUGUUACUUAUCACUUACGAUCCGGUCCCUACAGAAAUGAUUGCUCCAUUCACGUCACUUUCAUGCUUGUCCAGCCCUGCUACGCCGUCUCGUUUUGGCGACAAUUUCGCCGCCUGUCGUCGACCGUGAUUGGUCGGCUUCUGCAGCUGGACGAAUCCUUGAUCACCUUCACAAUUUACGGCGCUCUGCUGCUUCGACACCUUGUCCUUUCCACCCUCUUUGACCAUUCGCCCAAACACAGUCCCUACCUCAGUGAUGAACUUGUGAAUGAUUGCUCCCGUUCUCCUAAGCCGUUGGGUGUUGCCAUGGAUGACGCGUCGCACCCACAACAGGAGCGCAGCCGCAAACAACGGCCCAACUCGAUCAUGACCGUCGACUCUGUCCUGGGUACGAUGACGGGCCCCAACAGCCCAAGACGGCCGCCGCCUUCUGAACGCUUGCCCGGGAGCCCUUCCACCGGCGUGUCAUAUGCUUCCUCCCAGAUGUCCGCCUCGCCCACCAAGAUCGCGCACUCGCGCAGCAAGUCGGUCGUCGACAGUCCCAGGAGGCUUAACAGACUGUCCAUGAGUUUUCCCGUCCUGCCUCCCAGCUCGGCCCGCUCGCGGCCGACGUCGUGGGCGAACAGUCCUGUCAUCUCCCCCAUAGAGUCGCUGCCCUCGCCGUCCACGGAGGGCAACUUCCUCACGCAGCUUGCCUCGCAGGAGAGGAGAGUGCUCGAGCUCAGGGAGGCACUGCGACAAGCCGAAUCGGAGCUCGAGCGGCUCAAAAAGCACUGGGCCACACACGAGGCACUCAAGAAGCGUGCCGAUGUGAAGAGGAUGCAGCCUCUUCAACCCCUGAGUGCCAGCCUCUCACCGCUCGAAGGCAGCGAUGACGAUCAAGAUGGCUCCUCCCAGUGGCUGCAGAGGGAAAUGGAAAGACGCAAGGCACUCUUGAGCGGCAUUAAAACUUCGAACAGAAAGGUGCUCAGUGGGUCCAAGCAUACGCGGACGCUGUCGUUGCUGUCGCCAGAGAAGGGCACGUUCUCCCAGCCCUUCCCACAACCAACAGACUCCCGACAGCCGGAAGAGAAUCCCUACCGGUCCCAAAAUUUCAACAAUUCUUCAAACUUAUCAGCCACUACGAACCCGUCUGCCAGCCUGAGCGGAGACAGCACGACGACCUUUGACGGACCCUCGAAGGACGCCAUAUUACGAACCGGCAAGCAGAUGGCCAACGACAUAAAGGACGGCCUAUGGACGUUUUUCGAAGAUAUUAGGCAGGCAACGAUAGGCGAAGAAGCCACCCUGUCACCCGGUAGUACGACACCGGUUGCUCAAAACAAACCGAGACCGUUGAAGCGAUCAAACACCACAGGCACGACAACGACGCGGACCGCGCGAUCGGCACGAGCAGCACACACUGCGACGCGCAGGGACAAUCCGCCUCAAGACGCCUUGAUCGACAUUGGUGGGUCAUUCUGGCGAGAGCACGGCGUGGAAUCACCCGUGCCCCCGAAAAACAAGAAACAGCAGCCGCUAAAAGUGACCAAGCAAACUACGUCGAAGAAGAACGUCUCUCCAAGCCCAUCUGGCGACUUUGAUGCGGACUCCAGCGAGGUGUGGGACAGCUGGGACACGCCCGUCAAGAGUCCUGUGCAGGACCAAAGACAGCAAGAAAGCGAUACGACGUCGUCAGAUGCCGCCAGCGACGGCGUCAGCACUCCCUUGACUGACGAGAAUUCGCGACCUACACCACGCACGUCGACGAGCAGCAAGAGGAACAGUAUCCCCUGGCCUGACUUGGAGAAAUUGACGCCCAGCAGCCUGAAAAGAACCGCAAGCCAUUUGAUGAAGGAGUGGGAGAAGAGUUUAACGCCCAGCCCACCCGUGGAAAGGGACGACUCGCUCGGGUAUGUGGCGUCACCUUGCUCCACGGGCGGCAAAGCGGCGAAGAGUGACUGAUUGAGCCGGAUUCACAAUCUGCAUUGCAGCUUUGAAUGUAUAAUGAGAUAAUGAAAAGAGUUUCCGCGAGGGGACAACACGACGCCAGGGCAUGACGGCGCGUUUGACAGGUGCAUUGGAGUUAUGGGACGACGCGUAUUGGGAACACAAGCAUAUACAAAUAGUAAUUAGAACAGGAAAUGUUAAGUCUCUCUUGUUUCG